CACACACACACACACACACAGUGGGCUGGGUUGGGUAAUAUAAUGCAUCCCCUCACACUUCCCAUGAGUCCAUCAACCUUUGAUCCUCAUUAUUCUCUCUUGUAUUAAUUUCACUCACGCACAUCAAACCCUCAAUCAUUCAAUUCCCAUUGCAUUUACUCCUUCAACCCAUCUAUAUAAUCUCUCAUCUAAAUCACUCUUCUUUGUCUGUUAUUUCCAUUUUAAGUUUAAACCCAAUAUGGGCAUUGAAACAUGGCUCAUCAAAGUCAAGAAAUCAAUCUCACACAGUUUCGAUUCCGGUUUUCAUAAACCGGUGACGAUCAAGAAAUCGAGGGUCGGAGUUUUGGCCUUUGAGGUUGCUGGGAUCAUGCCAAAGCUUAACUACAUGUGGCAGUUUUUAUCCGACAAGAAUAUGGCUAGUCUUCGCAACGAAUCGAUAUGCCUAGAAGGUGUUCGACGAAUUGUCUCAACGGACGAUGUGUUUCUUCUCAGCUUAGCUUGUGCUGAGAUGGUUGAAAACCUUAAAGCAGUUUCGAAAUCUGUUUCUAGACUGAGUAAACGGUGUGAAGACGCGAACUUGCGCUGCUUCGAGAUGUUGUUUGAUGGUUUUGCGAAUACGGGCCGUGAUCCGCAUAAUUGGGUUGUGAGCUGGAAAGAAAUGGAGGCCCGGAAUAAGAAGAUGGAGAGAUAUGUUUGUACAACUGCUGCACUUCAUCGCGAGAUCGAUGAAUUAACUGUUAUCGAAAACAGUUUGAAGAAACAUUCGCAGUGCGAUACGCAUAAAAAAGAUUACGCUUCGAAGCAACAGAAGAUUCUUGAUUUGCAGCAAAAGCUCCAGUGGCAGAAACAAGAGAUCAAGUAUCUAAAAGAGAAGUCGUUAUGGAACAGAAGUUUCGAUACAGUUACAUCGUUGCUUGUAAAAUCGAUCUUUACGAUUCUCGCACGAAUCAAACUCGUGUUCAAUAUCAACCACGGGUACCCGCCUUCGCUCCACCGAAGCCUUUCGGCUUCCGCCACUAUAUACCCGUCGGAUCAGGCCCCGAGUUCUUUCACCUUUGUAUCCGGGCCAUUGGCGAAAAGCACGAAACAUACAGAAAACAACCACCUCGCACACGGGUUUUUCAACACGAAUUCGGAGAUUCUAAAACCGUCGUCAACCACUUUAGGCGCGGCUGCUCUCGCUCUACAUUACGCCAAUUUAAUCAUCGUGACGGAGAAGAUGAUACGAUCGCCUCAACUAGUUGGUGUCGAUGCGCGGGAUGAUAUCUACUCGAUGUUACCAAACAGCAUUCGAUCUUCGUUGAGGUGUCGGUUGAAAGGGAUCGGGUUUACAGCGAGUGAUCCGGUUCUUGCGGGGGAGUGGCGAGCGGCGUUGGGGAAGAUAUUAGGGUGGUUGUCACCAAUGGCUCAUAAUAUGAUGAAAUGGCAAAGUGAAAGAAGCUUUGAGCAUCAGAAAUUGAUGCCGAAAACGGGUGUUCUUCUGUUGCAAACACUCUUCUUUGCAGAUCAACAGAAAACUGAGGCUGCUAUAACUGAGCUUUUAGUUGGUUUGAAUUAUAUUUGGAGAUUUGAAAGAGAAAUGAAUGCUAAAGCAUUGUUAAAUUGUAGCAAUUUCAAGAAUGUGCAGAAGAAUAGCAGUUAAGAAAAAUGAUUUGUUUUCAUUUUUCAA